AUGGACGUAUCUGUGUGGAUGAUAAUUAUGCUUGUCUUGCAACGUGACAUUUGUUGUCAUCAUGCUGCAUGGAGAUAUUUUCGGGAUAUGAUAUCGGGCAUCUCUAGGUGCUUUUUUUUUUUGAAGCAUUCAAUACAAUAGAAGCCAUGCAGCUUGAAUUUCCUAUGGCUCAUGUUUUUUUAAUGCAAUUCCUACGGCUCCUAUUAUAGCGGCAAUGAAGCACCUUGUACUAGUUCUUAUGAAACUUGCUUGAUCCUUGUUACGCAAGGCAUUAUCUGGCUGUGCAUCAGACUGUUCUGGUUGCCAGCCUUCCAUUUUUCCUCCGUUCUUCUCCCCAAAAAGAGAACCAUCUUUCCACAUAUAUUAUUUUCAAAAGAAAUCCUCUCCCUCCAUCAUCUGCCCUUUCUAGGGCUAUUUUCGUCAAAUUGAAUCGAUCAUUUCAACGGGGACCAAUUCCCAGGCCCCAGUCCUUCUGUAGUCUCUGCCCUCUCUCAUUAUCCAUCCACAAACCCGAUCUAUCUCCCCAAUCUUUCCUUCUUUCAUAUACUUCUUGUCGUCCCCGCGGUUCACAUUUCUCUCCUCUCCUUCCCUCACUCCUCGUUCUCUCCUUCUCCCAGCUGUCAUAACUUUAUGGACCUCGUCCCCUACUCAUCCCCAGACCCUAAGGUCCCUAACCCUAGCAAUCCCUCCUGGUCCGAGAUGUUCCGCUCCGCCUCCCUCCGCCGCCCCCCGGACCCUCCCCCUUCCCCCCCUCGCAUCCCGGAAUCCUCCCCCGACGGCGACCCUCCCAAAUCCUCUUCUGCCUCCGGGACCCUCGCCGGCGACCCCCUCAAAGCCUCCUCCUAUGCCGCCGGGACCCUCGCUGGCGACCCCCACGCCAGGCUGGCCCUCUACAUCGCCAUGGCGCACGCUGGCCUGGCCCUCUCCCUCUUCCUCCUCUACGGCCUCUACCGCCUCCUCCACGACUUCAUCCGCCCCCUCCAGUGGGCCAUCCUCUGCUCCAUCCCCCUUCGCCAGCUCCAGGACGCCCUCGUCUCCUUCUGGUCGCCUCCACUCCGCCUCGGCCUCCUCCCUUCCCUCCUCGCCGUUCCCUCCGCCAUCCUCAGCGCCUACGCCGCUACCCUCGCCGACUUCCGCUCCGUCCUCCUCCGCCGCAAGCUCGUCUCCUCCUCCUCCUCCUCCUCCUCCUCUACACUUGGCUUCUCCCGCCUUCUCCGCUGGCUCGUCUCCUUCUGGGUCUUCAUCAUCACCUUCGAGCAGCUCGGCGCCGCCGUCCUCCCCUUCUUCGCCCUUGGAUUCUUCCUCGCCGGUCCCACCGCCUCCAUCGUCCGCAAGGCCAGCUUUGUCAAACCCGGCUCCUCCUCUUCCAAGCUCCGUGGCACUUUCCUUACCGCCGGCAUCCUCAAGCAGCUCAAAACCAUUAUCGCUGUUGGCCUGAUUGUAGGAAUGAUCGUCGGGAUGUUAGCUGGCGGCAUUUUUUUCUCCUACAAGAUCGGCGUGGAGGGUAGGGAUGCUGUGAUGUCGCUCAAAUCCCAUGUUCAGGACAGUAACUAUGCUGAGAGGAUUGGAUUCAAGAAAUGGAUGGAGGACAAUGACAUCACGGGUCUUGUGGAUCGCUACUCGGCUAAGCUCUAUGAUACUGCUUGGGAACAGAUCGAUCAGCUUGCAGCCCAGUAUAAUAUGACUGAUUUCGCUAAUGGGCUUCGGCAUAUGGUAAGCCAGUCGGAAAGUCCUUCUGGAGGGGCUUCAACAUCUCUAGUGAGCUCGCCAGAGAACCCAUAUAUGGUAAAGCUCCAAUCUUUGAGAGUUCUAGUGAAGAAUCGUGAGUGGUCGGAGAUUUACAAGGAAUUGGAUUUGAUUAUUAGGGAAUUGUUGAUUACCAGAGGUGAUUUGGUGGAGAAGGCAAAGGGGAUUGCUUUUCAGGGGAUUGAAAUCUCAAAGCGGGUGCUUUCCAGUAGUACCUCGAUCCUCGGCGGGAGUGCCAGUCUGAUGGGUUCUGUUGCCCUGGCGGUGAUCUCUGGUGCGGCAGAAGUAAUUAAUUUUUUGUCGCAAUUGACAGUCUUCCUCUGGGUUCUGUAUUAUCUCAUCACGUCAGAAUCUGGUGGGGCGACACAGCAGGUUGUGGGCAUGCUCCCCAUUUCAAAAUCCAUGAGGGUUCGAUGUGUUGAGGUUAUCAACCAUGCAAUCAGCAGUGUGCUUUUGGCGACUGUGAAGAUUGCCAUCUUCCAAAGUUGUCUCACAUGGCUGCUGUUCAGGUUCUGGUCGAUGCAUUUCGUGUACAUGUCAACUGCACUUGCAUUCAUUAGUGCCUUGCUGCCAAUACUGCCGACUUGGCUUUCAACGAUCCCUGCAGUGGCUGAGCUGCUCAUGGAGGGGAGGUACAUUUUUGCCAUUGCAUUGACCGUGAUACACCUUGUGCUUAUGGACUAUGGAUAUUCAGUAAUCCAGGAGGAUAUACCCGGGCACAGUGCAUACCUGACAGGGCUUAGCAUCAUUGGUGGCAUGACAUUGUUCCGAAAUGCUUUAGAGGGUGCAAUAAUGGGCCCUCUUCUAAUGACAGUUGUCAUUGCUUUGAAGAAUUUGUAUUCAGAGUUUGUGCUUGCUGAUACAGAAGAAAGCAGUGGAUAGCAUGUCAUAGACAUGCAGAUGGAAAAGAUACAUCCUCGGCCUUUUGCUUUGGUUAGUUGAAGUAUAGCAAAGUCGGCCGCAUCUAUAUAGCAAAGAACAUCAGUUCUGCUGUUGUACCUCUGAGGUAUAUUUAUUUUAUUUUUCAUUAAUUGUCCUCUCUUAGAAGGGGACAAUUAUUCUUUAGGGUGUGGUUUUUGUACCAUAUCAAUCAUUUUCUCUCAGUUGUUUGAUUGAGGGAAAGUUGUAAAUUCGUUGUAGCAUUCUGAUAUAAAAAGGCAUGUAAUCCACGCCAAAACAUGCCAUUGUAUUGCAAAAAAGGUUGCUAAUUUUGAAUGUGUUGGA